AUUAUUCGCAAAACACUUGAUAAAUAAGUGCUGAUGGCUGAUUGUAAGUGCAACAUUCAAUCAUGGACGGACGGAGGGACGGAUGAAACGUAUAUUAUUUUAAUCGAUGAUUCAAGCAAUUAUGUAUUUAUGGUGAACACAAAAUAUUGAAUGCAAAAACAAAUAAUAUUUGCACAAAGACUAAAAAGAUCAAUAGGAUAUCAAAUUUUGAGGAAUUGUUUACGAAGGUAUCGCAGAAAUCAAUUAAUUGUUAUUAUUAAUAAUUUUGUGACACAUAUUUGUACGGCUUGGAUUUCAUGGAAUCAUGAAAUCCAUGACCAAAACCUCGUGUAUGAUUGAUCGGGUGCAAUCGGAAAUAACAUUCUCAAAUCGUGCAGGCAUACUAAAAAAAGGUUCUGGCUGGAGGUCAGGUCAAGAAUUUUAUGUGCAUAGUUUCCAAAAUUGAUAACGCACCGCACAAGUUAAUUGGCGUGUACACAAGGUGGGCGUGUCGUGAUGCAUGGCUGAUUAAAUGUUCAAGGGCAUCCUCUACCCUUUGGGAGUCGGGAAAAGCAAAUUGUGGUGUUAUGCAAUUAAUAUGUACACAUGCAAUGCGCAGUGAAAUCACUACUUUCACAAAGUGCAAUGUAAGUAAACCAUUGCACCAACGAAUGUAAGUACAUACGAAGCCUAAUCGAUGACAAACUCAAGUUUUAUGAUGCACAAACACGUCUUAUUUUACUUUGAUAAACACAUAUAUGCAAAUUUCAUGCUUCUGAGAUUGAUUUACUGACUUGCUAAAUUUAAAUGUGGGUUAGUAGUUGGCAAUAAUAAAUAUGAGCCCCAGUAAAAAAAAUCUCUCUUGAAUAUGCGAUUGUUGACUCAGAUGUGGAUGGUUCCCCGAUAAUAAUAAAUGAUCCGACGUUAGUGUGCAUGCACUUUUUAUUAUUUUGCUUCAUCAUGCCGUUCGAUUGCGGAAGUUUGAAAGUUAAGUCAACAUUGAUGACGCUGAAAAAAAUUGGCUGGAGUAGAAAUAUGAAGAUGUGAGACAUGGAUACAUAUUUGUUAUUUUAUCUGGCUGGACUAGUUUCUGCGCUCACUCAACACUCCGUACGGCCAGACAGACUGAACUUUAAAAUAUCCAUUAUUAUUAGUGACUUGAUAAGUCGUAAAAAUAUCGGGUAAUAAUAUGUCGCAAAAAGUCAAUAUAAAAUUACGACCGAUUUUCAUGUGGCGACUGAACGGAACGUGUAAUCAUGAAACUGAGAAACGACCCAAGUUGAAAGUACGUAUUUAGUUCUUCCAUCAAAAUCUAUCUGCAUAUUUUAUGUGGUUUUUGUGAUUGGCCAAAGGCAGGAGUCAUUAGUAAUACGUAAUAAAGGUUACAUGACCAAUAUUCAAAGAACGACUUAUUUAUAAAAUAUAAAAUACGCUUAGGGAGUAGAGGAAAAACUCGAUGUUGGUGGGUUGGGAAAACCUCUACUUGAUUCGGAUAGGCAUCCGAGAUCAGCAUUCGACCCCUUACAUGAUUGAUUUUUAUGCAUAAAUUGAUAUAUCACUUAAAAUAAAACAUAAAAUAAUUCUUCUAAUCUCUUGCCCUUGGAAGAGCUCCCAUGAUCGAUGUCGCAUUCUCACGCUGAACGCCCGUGCUGAUCUUUGGAUGAGAAAUGUUGAUGACUUGGGAUGACCAGUCACCAGUGAUAUUUCUCACCCUCUCCACUUUAUUGAUGAAAUUCAGUUAUUAAUAAGGCCACUUUUCCGUAACUAAUCUGUCUAGAAUUUCAAAGAAUCUUGCGAGACUUCACUUCACUCACCAAAGUGGCAGUAAAACCCGCAUCUGUUUGUCAUUUGGCAGUUUACUUUCCAACUUCAUCUACUUCCGGACUUUGAGGGCAUGUUGAUAACUAAAUAACUGAAGCGUGUACUGAAGCCUACUAUAUGCAUACCUACUACAUGCAUAUAUAGGUGGCCGUACGAAAAGUCAUGUAAGAGAGGAGGAAAGCUAAUUAGUUCAUGUUACUACCCCAUUUCACCUAAAAUCAUGAUGGCCUUCCAGUUUUAAGAUUACAAUUAAAUUACAUUUCAUGCUUUGAUGACGAUGUCUUGUGGCAAACAGCAAUUCUUGAUUUGUAGCAGUCUUUCAUGGCUAAUAAAAUCAAAUAGUGUGGAAUUAAUGGAAGAAAUUGGGUCAAGGUUAGUCAUCUAGAAUUAACAGAAUUACCAUAAAAUUUUACAUUUCUGAAGAAAUGAUCAGUAAUAACAUGAACUUUAGGAUGAUACUUAAUGGUGUUUAUUUCAUUUGUUAGUGAUGAUACAUUAAUGCUCGUAUAUAUCUACAUAUGGGCUAUGAAGGAGCCACUGACAUCAAAAAUAAUUAUAUUCACAAAUGAUGCGACAAAUAUUUAUUAUUAUGCAAUUCGUGAUCUUCAUUAUGAAGUUAUUGCCUUCUUAUGAAAUUGCCUUCUGCUAAUUUGCACUUUAAUGCGAUGCGAGGCCACAAUGGGGACACCACUCGUCUCCUUUUUUGCAGUCUGGUGUCGUCUCAACUCUCAAGUCUCAUCUUUUCCAACCAUGACAAGGUUUUCGGGAAUUGUGUUGUUGUUUUGCAUAGCAGCAUCUCACUCAGCCAUGGGAAUGUUGCAACCUACGAAAAUAGAGAACAAUGGGUUGUACAGGCUGGAAAUUCAGAGUGAGGAUAAGUUUUUGACAGCCUCUGAGGCCGGAGUACCAGUCCGAUCUAGAUGGGGAAACAGACCUGAUCAAAAGUGGACAUUUACGGCAGUCAGUGGAGAUUCUGAGAAGGGAUGGAUGCUCACUCCGAUUAAUGGCAAACCGAUUUCGACCCUGUGGAAAAUUAGUUAUGUUGGCCAUGGCAAAUAUCGCUUUUUAAAUGAAAUCACUGGCAUGUGCUUGGCAGGAUCGGGGUCGAAUGCCGUUGGAGAAAGGAAUUGCGAGAAAGAUUCUCCAUAUCAAAGAUGGCUUGUGUUGCCGACACGGGAGUAGUGCCAUUGAAUGAAAGGAAUGCCAACUUCCAAAAUCAAUUAUUAUUCACUUUUAAUAAACUUUUAACAACACACUGUCUUUACAAAUACAAGUUUUAGUGUAUCCCAAUCACUAUUUUUAUACAUUAAUAUAUUCAUAUGUAAAACGUCCAAAUGGAUAUUAAGUAUGUAUUCUAAACCUGUAAUAAAACACGUACGACGUAGUACACAUAUUUUCUAUAGCUCUUUAUAGUUGCGUAGAUCUUCAUUGAUCGAUUGAAAUUUGAAGCCACAAGUCGCGUUAUAAAACAUUGUUGUAAAUAUUUUACAAUUGUAUAGUCUUAUCUUGUAUAUCGUACAUAUAUUUUAUAUAUAGUUUGGUUUUGUUGUAACAAACGACAUCAAUAUUAAUAUAUAAAAGUGCAAAUAUGGGUUUGAUCAAUCAGUUUUGAAUACGGAUCAUGUUUGUAACAAUAACUUGUUUGUUGGAUAUUAUCACUGAUUUCUCAAACUUUCAAAUCAAAUAAAUAUUCAUGUAACAAAAGCA